AUGUAUCAUUACUCCCCCGACCCUUCCGAGGAGGCGUAUGUAAGCGCCAGAAUGCGCCUUCUCGAGGACAAAACCUUGGAAGAAUUGAUGCACCAGCCAGACUGGCCCAUCGGUAACCUGGCUGAACGUCGGAAGCCUUCCCGUGCCGGCGUUGCUCGAAUUGACAAUAUUUCCUACUCACUCACUCGUCCAGAAGUGAUCCAGAUGUUUGGGCGAAAUGGUCAUCUGAUCCCGGAGUCUCAGUGUCCAGUUCAUAUUAUCAUGGAACGCUCUACAGGAAAGACUAUGUGUUGCUUUGUGGAAUUUGAGGACCAUGAGAGUGCUCAGGCUGCAGUGGACCGCUUGAACGCUACGACUGUGACUCAAAGCGGCCCUCGUAUGGGGAAUCGCCACAUUGAUGUAACCAUGAGCAGCCAGCAAGAGCUGAUGCAGGCUCUGUUCCCGAGGGCCAAGUGCGUCGACUGGGUAGGCGAUCGCUUGGUUGCCCGUGACAAGCGUCCGACCGAGUGGUGGUCGACUGGCUUUGAUGGAUUCAUUACAGAUGAGGAGUUGUUCUGUGUGAUUCGGCACGCAAAAGAGCCGCACCGAUUCCCAUGGUAUGCCACUAGCAUGUACACGGUGCAUGCUCGUAAUCAGCUGUUCGACGCCCUGCUGGUGAUGGUGGAGCUCCUGUAUCAUCGCAUUCGCAAUUCUCGUACCGUCGGCUUGGACUACCGCUUAGUUUCCGAAAUGAUGCAGACCGGUCUCCGAUGCCCUGGCUUCAACCCUCGCAUGAAGUUUGCAAUCAUCGAAGCUGGCAGAGAUCACCUCACCAUGCAACGUAUGUCGCGUGAUGCCCUCUCGCUCUUUCCAUUCGAUACUCUGACCUGGUUGGCUCCCUACGACGUUGCUUCCUUGACGUUUUAUGGAUCACUGAUGAGCCGUGGCCGUGCGUCUCAAACUGAGAAACAAGGGUUGGAAAAUCGCCACACUAAUCCCAAUUGGAUCCGGCCCUACGGUCAGCAGCUCUUUGUCUGGGGCGAAGAAGCCGCAAAGAGGAAAACUUUUGCUGAGGCAAUUGCCUAUGAGCUGGGAGUUUUCCGUUCCAUCAUCAUCGCUGGCCACAGAAACAACGGUCAUCACUCCCGUGUCUCCUCCAUCGGAACUGCGCCGCCCAGCAGCCCUACAUGUCCUGUACGCUCAUCUUCGGUCGUGCCGCACACUGCGUCGAACACCCCACGACCUGGCAAUACUGGAGCUUUGAACACGCAUAAUUCCUCCGGAUUUAUUGUCGCCGAUGAUUUUCUUCCUCCUUACCACACGUCUAGCCAGAGCUGGCACCCUUCAAUUGCUACUUCCGCUGAGAAUAAUGCCCAGACCCGUUCCUCGUCGAAUAUUCGGCAAUCCCGAGCCCACCGCACAUACGGCAGAAACCGUAUUUAG